CAGUACAUUCGUUUCCUCCUUUUUAUCUGAUGUCUCACAGUCACUUGCAUCAGAGAACAUAUAUCAUAUAUUUAGGUGCUCUUGCUGAAACCUGGAUUAACUUAUACUGAGGAGGAGAUGAGAGAGAAAGCGAAAGGAUCGAUCAGAUUAAGGAUGGUGGACUUUUGGUGCAGACUGUGGCACCUGCUGCUUUUGCUGUGUCUCAAAGGACUCCUGCAGGGGGAUCCGUGCUACGGUCAGCGUCUGGUCCAGAUCCAGGAAGGUCCUCUGUAUCGAGUACAAGGAUAUCCCAUCUCCAUAUCCUGUAAUGUUAGUGGGUUUAAAGGCCCAUCUUUACAAAAUUUUGAAUUUAGGCUCAAGAAAUCAAACAUGGAUAUAAAUAUAAUCAGUACUGAAAACCAAAACUUUGCCUACGCAAUGUUCUCCAGUAGGGUAAGGGAAAAAGAUAUUGAGAUUGAGAGGUUGUCAGGAUCUUCAGUUCUCUUGAGGAUCAAAAAUUUGCUGGAAGGAGAUGAAGGAGAUUUCUUCUGUGACACCCCAAACACAGAUGGUGAAUAUUUAGGAACUUAUGAAGCGGCAACAACACUUAACGUGAUUAAGGACACCCUGAUUGCAUCAUACUCUGGCUCUUCCUCCCAGAGUUUGUCUGAAGGUGAUCCUCUUCAGCUUGAGUGUCAGGUCUCCAGCGAAACUUAUCAGCACACCCAUCUGUCGGUCACCUGGUUUGUCCACAGUGAAGAGGAUGAGAACCCCCGACCAAUCAUCACUCUGAACAAAGAUCUGACUGUAAAGCCAGGAGCUGGAUUUGAGGAUCGCUACAACACAGGUCUUAUCAGCAUGGAUAAGGUGGAGGACACAACCUACAGACUGAAGAUGUCUCAAUUGCAGCAGUCAGACCAGGGGAAGAUCUACUGCAAAGCCAUUGAGUGGAUCCAAGACCCAGACCGUUCCUGGACACAGAUUGCCCACAAAACCAGCUCGGCAUGUAACAUGGAGGUCAAACGAAUUGAAGUGGCCCCUGAUGUAGGUUCGUUCAGUGUCUAUAUGAAGGCCUCAAAGGGGCCACUACAGGUGGGAGAUACACUGGACAUCCACUGCAGUGUGAAGGCUCAGAAUCUUGGUCAUUUAUUUUCGGUGACUUGGCUGAAGAACCAGAAGAACGUGGCUCAGAUCGGAUCUUCUGGAAUGCUCACUGUGUUUGACAGUUACAAAGAGAGAGAGAAUGCAGCGGAGAUGAGAGCAGUGAAAAGCAGUCACACGGACUACCUGCUGACCAUCCGUUCGGCUAGGACUGAAGACCAGGGUCAAUACCAGUGUGAAGUGUGGCAGGAACACAUGAAUGAUGAUGGCACCUUCAGAAAAAUACAAAAACAACUGUCCAGUCCAGAGACUGUGAACAUCACACCCAAAGAGAGUGAUCUGACGGUGGUCAUGGUGAUGAAGGAUUCGGUGACUGAGGGAGAUACACUACAGGUCACCUGCUCUGUGUCGGGAUUCAAAGGUCCUUUAUCAGUGUCAUGGCAACACAAGAAAGACUCAGGGGAUUCCUUCAGUGAUGUCAUUAGUCUGACCCAUGAGGGAGUGAUGAAAGAUAUUGGGACAAGAUAUCAGAACAGACAUGUUCAAACACUCCAUUCUCCAGCUGGAAACUUUACCCUGGAGAUUGGUGCAUCUGCGACAUCUGACAGUGGUGAAUACAGGUGCAUUGUGUCUGAAUGGACCGUGCAGAGCAAUGGAGAGAUGACGAAAGCCAACACCCAGUCUCAGCAAAAAGCCAUUUCAGUUAAUUCUGUUGAAUCUCUAAUGAAGGUGACCUUAAAAAGUCGUACAACAUCUGUGCCUAUAAAUUCUUCAAUAGAAUUACUAUGUAUAGUCAAAGGGCCUGAAGUGUCUUUGGGUGUACGCUGGAUGUUUCGGCCCCCCCAAUUCAACUGUACAAAGGAACAUUUUAUCCAUACGCCACACUGGAGAAAUCUCCUGGGGAGCAGAUCAGAGAAACUAUCAGCUAUCCGUUCAGCCACAGCCGUCAGCGACAUAUUUUACGCUCAUAGUGCCACGAGCCAGCAAGCAACAAGAAGGACAGUACCAGUGCCAAGUUGAUGCCUAUCAAAAGGAUGUACAGAAAGCCAUGAAAAACUCCAACCCGUUGGCUGUGCCUGUACAAAAACCUGUGAGCAAGUUGAGCCUGUCCAAACUCAAGUCUCGUAUGGAAACCACUGCCAGCACUGAUGCUAUUAUUGAAUGCUCAGUCCUGACAACAACCACAGAUACCUCUCGUCUCACGAUAACAUGGAUGAUUGGGUCCCAGAUGCUCUUAAC